AGCCCGCCCUGGGGUAAUUCCCCCUUGAGCCCCAGCCAGAAGCUGGGGCAGCGGCGGGGGGAGUGGAUCAGGGAGAGGGGGACAGUAAGAAGUGGUUGUUUUUCCUGUUGCGAGCAGGAAGGCAACAAAAUAGGAAGUUGAGGGUGCCGGGGGUGAGCAGGCCGGUUGCAUUCGCCUCUCACUCACACUCGACACCUUCCCUGCUGGCUGCCUGCCGCCGGUAGCCGCCGCUGCUGCUGCCGCCGCCGGCCGGGCUGUUGUUGCCUGCCCGCCUGCCUGCCUGCCCGCCUGCCGGCCUCUCCGGCUCUCUCCAUGCCUGGAGAGCGGAGUGAGGAGAGACGGGGCCGAAGCUCGCCGCUCCGAAAGUGCCCUUUAUCUGUCCAUCGGGGUCCGGGCUGCCAUCGUUGGUCCUGACAAGCCCGAGGGCAGCUCAUAGCAGAGGAGCGGAGCAGGAUGCCCCCGGGAGUCGACUGUCCUAUGGAAUUCUGGUCCAAGGAGGAAAACCAGAGCGUGGUGGUCGAUUUCUUGCUGCCCACGGGGGUCUACCUGAACUUCCCCGUCUCUCGAAAUGCCAACCUCAGCACCAUCAAGCAGGUCCUCUGGCACCAUGCCCAGUACGAGCCCCUGUUCCACAUGCUCAGCGACCCCGAGGCCUACGUCUUCACCUGCAUCAACCAGACGGCCGAGCAGCAGGAGCUGGAGGACGAGCAGCGGCGCCUGUGCGACAUCCAGCCCUUCCUGCCCGUGCUGCGGCUCGUGGCCCGCCAGGGGGACCGUGUGAAGAAGCUCAUCAACUCGCAGAUCAGCCUCCUCAUCGGCAAAGGGCUGCAUGAAUUCGACUCUCUGCGGGAUCCCGAAGUCAAUGACUUCCGCGCCAAGAUGCGCCAGUUCUGCGAGGAGGCCGCGGCCCACCGGCAGCAGCUGGGCUGGGAGGCCUGGAUGCAUUACAACUUCCCCCUCCAGCUGGAGCCCUCGUCCCAUGGCUGGGGGGCCGGCACGCUGCGGGCACCCAACAGGAACCUCUUUGUCAAUGUCAAGUUUGAGGGCAAUGAGGAGAGCUUCACCUUCCAGGUGUCCCCCAAUGACCUCCCCCUGGCGCUGAUGGCCUGCGCCCUCAAGAAGAGGGCCACCGUGUUCCGGCAGUCGGGGCUCGAGCGGCCCGAGGACUACACGCUGCAGGUGAACGGCAAGUACGAGUACCUGUAUGGGAACCACCCCCUCUUCCAGUUCCAGUAUAUCUGCCACUGCCUGCACAAGGGGCUCACCCCCCACCUCACCAUGGUCCACUCGUCCUCCAUCCUGGCCAUGCGCGACGAGCAGAGCAACCCCCCGGCCCAGGCCCCGAAGCUCCGGGCCAAGCCGCCCCCCAUCCCCGUGAAGAAGCCCUCCUCCGUGUCUCUGUGGUCCCUGGAGCAGCCCUUCUGCAUCGAGCUGGUUCAGGGCAGCAAGGUGAACGCCGAUGAGCGGAUGAAGCUCGUGGUGCUGGCUGGCCUCUUCCACGGGAAUGAAAUGCUGUGCAAGACGGUGUCCAGCUCUGAGGUGACCGUGUGCUCGGAGCCCGUGUGGAGGCAGCGGCUCGAGUUCGACAUCAACGUCUGUGACCUGCCCCGCAUGGCCCGGCUCUGCUUUGCCCUCUACGCCGUCAUCGAGAAGGCCAAGAAGGCCCGCUCCACCAAGAAGAAGUCCAAGAAGGCCGACUGCCCCAUUGCCUGGGCCAACCUCAUGCUGUUUGACUACAAGGACCAGCUGAAGACCGGCGAGUGCUGCCUGUACAUGUGGUCCUCCGUCCCGGAUGAGAAGGGGGAACUGCUGAACCCCAUGGGCACUGUGCGGAGUAACCCCAACACCGAGAGUGCCGCAGCCCUCGUCAUCUGCAUCCCCGAAGUGGCUCCCCACCCUGUGUACUACCCUACUCUGGAGAAGAUUUUGGAGCUGGGGAAAAACGGAGAGCACGCACGAUUCACCGAGGACGAGCAGCAGCAGCUUCGGGAGAUCCUAGAGCGCAAGGUGGCAGGAGAGCUGUACGAGCACGAGAAAGACCUGGUGUGGAAAAUGCGCCGUGAGAUCCAGGAGCAGUUCCCCGAGGCCCUGGCCAGGCUCCUGCUGGUCACCAAGUGGAACAGGCACGAAGAUGUGGCCCAGAUGCUCUUUCUGCUCCGCUCCUGGCCCGAGCUCCCUGUGCUCAGUGCGCUGGAGCUGCUGGACUUCAGCUUCCCCGAUCGCCACGUGGGCUCCUUUGCCAUCCAGUCCUUGAGGAAGCUGACGGAUGACGAGCUUUUCCAGUACCUCCUGCAGCUGGUGCAGGUGCUCAAGUACGAAUCCUACCUAGACUGUGAGCUGACCAAGUUCCUACUGGAUCGGGCCCUUGCCAACCGCAAGAUCGGCCACUUCCUCUUCUGGCACCUGCGCUCGGAGAUGCACGUCCCCUCAGUGGCUUUGCGCUUUGGCCUCAUCAUGGAGGCCUAUUGCCGGGGCAGCAACCACCACAUGAAGGUGUUGAUGAAGCAGGGGGAGGCACUGAACAAGAUGAAGGCCCUGAAUGACUUUGUCAAAGUGAGCUCCCAGAAGACCACCAAGCCGCAGACCAAGGAGCUGAUGCAUGUGUGUAUGAGGCAGGAGACCUACUUAGAGGCCCUCUCGAACGUGCAAUCUCCCCUGAACCCCAGUACCUUACUGUCUGAAGUCUGCGUGGAGCAGUGCACCUUCAUGGACUCCAAGAUGAAGCCGCUGUGGAUCGUGUACAGCAACGAGGAGGCCGCCGGGGGCGCCGACAGCCACGUGGGCAUCAUCUUCAAGAACGGCGACGACCUGCGCCAGGACAUGCUCACCCUGCAGAUGAUCCAGCUCAUGGACGUGCUGUGGAAGCAGGAGGGGCUGGACCUGCGGAUGACCCCCUACGGGUGCCUCUCGACGGGCGACCGGACGGGCCUCAUCGAGGUCGUGUCGCACUCGGACACCAUCGCCAACAUCCAGCUCAACAAGAGCAACAUGGCCGCCACGGCCGCCUUCAACAAGGACGCCCUGCUCAACUGGCUCAAGUCCAAGAACCCUGGGGAGGCCCUGGAGCGAGCCAUCGAGGAGUUCACGCUCUCCUGUGCGGGCUACUGCGUGGCCACCUACGUGCUGGGCAUCGGCGACCGGCACAGCGACAACAUCAUGAUCCGCGAGAGCGGGCAGCUCUUCCACAUCGAUUUUGGCCAUUUCUUGGGAAACUUCAAGACCAAGUUCGGGAUCAACCGUGAGCGCGUGCCGUUCAUCCUCACCUACGACUUCGUGCACGUGAUCCAGCAGGGGAAGACCAACAACAGCGAGAAGUUCGAGAGGUUCCGGAGCUACUGCGAGAGGGCCUACACCAUCCUGCGCCGCCACGGGCUCCUGUUCCUCCAUCUCUUCGCACUGAUGCGGGCAGCCGGCCUGCCCGAGCUCAGCUGCUCCAAAGACAUCCAGUAUCUCAAGGACUCCCUGGCCUUGGGCAAAACGGACGAAGAGGCCCUGAAGCACUUCCGAGUGAAGUUUAACGAAGCCCUUCGAGAAAGCUGGAAAACCAAAGUGAACUGGUUGGCCCACAAUGUGUCCAAAGACAACAGACAGUAGCGGCGGCUCCAGCCCCGGCUCAGCGUCCGGGGGCCUCCGACCACUCGCCCGCAGUGCCCGCUGCUGCACGGGACCAUCGGCUGAGGCGCUUCCCGGGGAGCCAAACAGCCUGCGCCGCGCCUCACAGGGCAAGAACCUGCUCCACAAUUGCCUUUGGUUUACAUGGAAAGAAACUCCUGCAUUUAAUUUAUUAUGACUUGAAACUUUACAGAAGGGAGGACAAAGUGGUGAUUGGAAUGCAUUCUUGCGCCUGGCGAGGGGAGAGACGGCCAUCCAGAGUGAGAUAGGAGAAAAAGGAGCCCUGGAGGACUGACCUCUCAUGCUCCCAGCCCCCACUCGGGGCCGGGGGUCUCCAAGGGAGCGGCUCCACAGGACCGAGCGCGCCACCGCAUCUGCCCAGCAGCCAGGGGGCCUCGCUCCACUCACCACCUCGCAUCUCCUGCUGCUUCGGCCCCAUCCGGGCCCAGAGGAGGCUGCUCUGGCGCAUCCCUGCUGCCCCUGUGCAUUCUUCACUAGCUGCUAGUACUUGGGCAGGCUCCCAGAGGAGGCCUGGGCUCUGCUGAGGCCCACUGCAUUUUAUUCAGGAUUCAGGGAUGCUCACUGUGUAUCUUCUAAUUUAACUCUUUUUAGAUGUGAGAAGGAAGGAAGGAGAGAAGGAAGAAAGGAAGGAAGGGAAGGAGGAGGAGAAGAAAGGAAGAAGGAAAGGAAGGAGGGAAGGAAGAGAGGAAGGAAGAGGAAAGAAGGAGGGGAGGAGGAAGGGAGGGAGGAAGGAAGGGAAAGUCCAUAUAGUUGUGCAUUCGAGGAAAGUGAUUUUGUCUGUAGCUAAGGGUACAGCCAGAGCGGCUCCUGGGACGCUCGGUAGCACAUGUAAGAGGAAGCUGUGAGUUGCAUUUCCUGGCACGUGCUCAUGCCGGAACCAGUUUCAGUUGGGAUGGGUGGUCUUUAAAUGCUUAUCAUUCAACCAUGUUUAAAAAACAAAUCCCCACGGAUUGGGCUUGUCUUAGCUCGCACUGUUCACUGAGAGGUGAGGAGGAGACAAGUGUGCUUUCGUGUAGUCGCCUGCUGCCCGCUCCGCGGACUGGGGCCUGUUGGCUUUCUUUUUUGUUGUGUUUUUUGUUUGUUUGUUUGUUUUUAACCUUGAAACCAUGUGAAAAGCUUAUAGGCUGCUGUUACCAUGUCCUGGGGACUUUGGGAAACUUCCUUUUCUGAUAUGCCUUCAACUUGCAGAUUGUAUGUGGUGAGCGGGUGAGGGAGGGUGGCCAGGGCUCUCAAGAGUUUACAUGGCGGCGCAACUCCUUGAGGCUGGGGGGGCUGCCUCUGCGAGUCCUCCCCAGCCUUGUCCUGCCUUGGGAUGGGUGCCUACUGUGGAUGAUGUGGAAGUGUUAAGGGAGUCAGAGCCAGGACUAGCUCUCCUCUCCCUAGACCAGGUGCAUUGUUAAAUAAAGACCAAGGUGCUGCCCCCUUUCUCGGUCCAGGUCGUGUGUGCAUCAGGACCAUCGGAAAGGGCCUUGUGUGCACGGUUAGGUUUGCCACUGCCAGGCAGGUCUGCAUCAGUCAGAAAUCGGCUCCCACCCACACUGCCCCCGUCUUGUUUGAGUCCAAAUUGACUGCACUUUUGUUCCAAAGUAAAUACUGAAAUUUAAAAAAAGUCAACAAACAAUAACAAAACCCAUUCAGCUCACCUAUUUUACAAUAGGAAAAGCCAAGACUAGAACUUUAUUUAUUUAAACGGGUUUGUGUGCUUCCUGGAUCAGGAUAGCACAACUUUGCACAUACAUAGCAAUUCUUGGUUUCAGUGUACAGACUGUAUGUGCCUAGUUUGAACAAAUAUUUUCUAUUUUUUUAAAUCAUUUCAUAUUUCUGUAUGUAGAAGGAUGUGUUGUGUGUGACUGUGGGUUAAGACAAGUGGUCUGUGAAACCUUGGAAUGAGAGGUAGAAGCAGAUUUUUAAAAAAAUAAAGCCUUUUUAUGUCAUUA